GCUUUCAUCUCCUCCAUGUCCUCUUCUCCAUCGCGCCGAGCUCUAUCCUUUCCGUAAAUGAAGAGCGAUUUUCUUGACGAGCUCUUCUUUUCUGCUGCAUUCCCUCUCCCCUUCCGCGUAUUGUGCUUGGCAGGGCUCGGUAUUCUCGGUUGGGCAACAAACCUCCAUGGGCUUCAUCUUUGCAACAUCGAUGCGGCUGGCGCACUAGACCUCAACAACUAUGACGGUUACCGGCUUACCUCUCUGCUGCCAACAGACCGCAGGAACCCCGGGUGGAAGGAAAUGCGGCAGUCAUCACAGACGUAUCGCCCUGUCUACAGAGUGUUCUUCGCGUACUCGGCGUGGGGCUUGUUCUGCUGGCUACUUUUCCGGUACGCCACAAUGGGCGACAUCGCGAGGGUCGAUGAAUGGAAGUUCGUUCCUGCUGUAGCGGCGCUGUGCCUCCUGACGGUGCUCGUGUGUCCGUUUCCAAUAUUUUACAAGCAAGAGCGGGACAAAUUCCUUGCUGCCAUCCACAGGUGCGCGUUUCCCUCGCCGCAUCGAGUCUACUUCUCGGAUGUGGUGUUCGCGGAUAUCAUCACGUCCUUCGCCAAGGUCCUCGGAGACCUUUGGCUGUCUCUGUGUAUGCUGCUACCAAGUGGAAGUCUGCUCUCGCAUCCCGCGUACGACGGCCUGACGCGGUGGAUUCUCCCUGUCAUCAUGAGCAUACCGUACGCCAUCCGUCUACGACAAUGUCUAGUCGAGUAUAAUUCCCCCAACAACGAAAGCCGUCGACCGCUGUUCAACGCCCUCAAAUAUGCGUCUUCCUUCCCCGUAAUAUUCUUGUCAGCAGCUCAACGUAUUGUCGUGUCAGACAUUACGGCUCUCAAGGGCGAAGCCGCCGCCAGGGAGCCCUGGCACGGCGAACAUCAGUUGUUCCGCCUUUGGCUAUUAGCAGCCGCGAUAAACUCCCUCUACUCCUUCUGGUGGGAUGUAACUAAUGACUGGGGCCUUGACCUCCUAGUGCCAAAACAUAACGCCGGGACGGCCCGUCCAACAGACCCCCCGCGCCCGCUUCUGCUCCCGCGUCUUCACUCCCGCUCGGCGCUCCUGAAACACCCGGCGGACGACGACGUUCCCGAUGACGUCCCCCACGCGAUUGCUCACCAAGAGCGGCGGCCUAACCCGUAUGGCCUGCGGCAAACGCUCUUAUUCCCUCUUGCCAUGUACCCCUUCGCGAUCAUGGUCGAUCUCGUCCUGCGCCUGACGUGGUCGGCGAAACUGUCUACCCACCUGCACGCCUACAACGAGGGCGAUCUUGUCAUCUUUUGGAUCGAGCUCGCCGAGGUCGUCCGGCGGUGGAUCUGGGUCUUCCUACGCGUGGAAUGGGAGAUCGUGAAGGAGGCGCGCGAGCUCGACGCGACCCGGUCUCCCCCGUCUGCGGGGCGCCUCAGCGCGGGGGCGGACGUGGACGUGGACGCGCGAGGUGGGGGCAGCAGGAUCGCGAUGGAUCGCGUGGACCCCAUGCACUCGAUUCGGGAGCCGAUAUUCGAGCAUGACGAUUUCGAGAUGGUCCCAUCUGAUGUGAGCGGUCACAACUCAGAGGCAGGAUGAUCGAUUAGCCGGAAGAAAGGCAGGCGCGAGCGAACGCGCGGGUGGGAAUCGGAAUUGUGGGUAUGGACAAGCGGCGCGGCAGUGGGAAGAGAUGGAUGAAUGGAUGUGGCUUGGCAUGCCGGGACUUCUGCUACACUAGUAAUGUAUUAUUCCUGCGGCACACCGUAUAGACAAUGGAAGUUGGGCGUUCCAGACAUCAAUUGGCGCCUAUUGC